AUGUCAAUGGACACUCCUCCUUUUGAUCCUUCUGAUUAUUCCUAUGUGAUUGGUAUCGAUUUUGGUACCACUUUCUCUGGGUGUUGUUAUGCCUUUUCAAAAGAUGGAAAUGACGAAAUCAUUGACAUUACUAAAUGGCCCAAACAACAAAAUGUAUAUCCCAAGACACCCACACUCUCAUUGUAUAGAAACGGCUCUACUAAGCUGGUUGCUUGGGGUCAAGAUGCUAAAAAGACAGCCAUGAAGCGCAAUAACAAUGAUCAACUACUUUCACGUUUCAAGUUGCAGCUGGAUGAGAAUUUAAAUUUAGCUCCAUUACCAAACGGUUUAACAGCUUUGGAGGCAAUCACUGACUAUCUCGAGGCAUUUCACUCACAUGUAUGCAAGGACCUUCAACGUGGAUUUGCAAACAACUAUGAUCAGAGCAAAUUUCGUUACUGUUUAACGGUGCCUGCCAUGUGGAGCGACCAAGCAAAAGCAACCAUGAGAGAAGCUGCUAUUCGAGCCAACAUUAUCAAUCGAUGGGAUCAUCCCAACAGACUCAUGUUGAUCAGCGAACCUGAAGCUGCUGCUCUUUAUUGUGAAAAGAAGUGUGAUCAGUUCAAUCUGGGACAUGGCCAACGAUUCUUGAUUUGUGAUGCUGGUGGAGGAACUGUGGAUCUUAUCGUAUUCGAGAUUGAUGAUUCUGGUGAGAGAAGGGCUUUGAAAGAAGUGACAAAGGGCCUCGGUGAUUCUUGUGGUUCCACCUUUUUGGAUAUUCGUAUGCGAGAGUAUUUGAAGGAUCGAUUUUAUCAUCACGGUAAGGUCAGCGAUACAGCCAUGGAGUCCAUGAUGGAAACUUUCAUUGAUACAAUCAAGCCUGAAUUUGACGGAGAUGAGGACCAGUAUCUCGCCUUGCCUGCAGCACUAGGUAUUGAAGGUGUCGAUGAUCCAGACGCAGGCAUUGAAGACGGCACACUCCAUAUUCCCUGUCAUGAGCUGCGUCAACGAGUAUUUGAACCUGUCAUCAACCAAGUCAUUGAUCUGAUCGAGGAACAAGUACAACAAUCAUCCACUAAACUAGACGCUGUGUUCUUGGUCGGCGGUUUUGGUCAAUCAACAUAUCUUUACCGACGAGUAUUAGCCGAAUUUCAAUCUCGAGUUGGAUUUAUUGGUGUACCACCUCGUGGUGAACUAGCAGUUGUUCGUGGUGCAGUUUACUUUGGUUUGAAUCCUCAUAUGGUGACAGAACGUGUAUCGAGACGUACAUACGGUCUUGAAACCAGAAUGGUAUUUGAUCCUCGCAAUGAUCCUCCUGAGCAAUGCAUCAAGGGUGAUGAUAACCGGCUGUUCUGUAAACAACGUUUCAGUGUCUAUGUGCAAAAGGGUCAGACCAUCAAUGUGGAUUACUGCGUGUCAAAGAACUUUAUGAUUGCCUAUCCAAACGACACAGAUACAGAUUUAUUUGCUUAUGAUGGCGAUGGCCCCAUUCCUCGUUUAACAACGCAUCCCAACGUCUUCAAGGUGGCUCGAUUCCCCAUCAAAAUGCCGAAAUUUGCUGAUGUUCAAAAGGGACAACCUAUCUUUAUGACCAUCAAAAUGUACUUUGGCCAAACAGAAAUCAAGAUUGAAGCUCACAUCCGCGAUCGCAAGUUCACCUUUACCUCUGCUUUUGAGACAAUGGAGAGAGAAAUGAUGCAUUCGCUAAAUUCGCAAACCAAUAUACUAUCCAUCAAGCCCGACGAGAAUAACGAGAAUGCAUAUGCAAACAACGGUGGUGGUAGUGGCAGUAUGUAUGGAUAUACUGGUAAUGCAUCAGGCUCCAAUGUGUCAUCAUCAAAUCACUAUGGCUCUUCUCGCCCUCCAUCCCUUCCUUCCAGAGACAAUGGCUAUCCCUCGCCCAUGUCAAAUGCCCGUAGCAUUAGAGAGGACGAUGGUACAUUCUAUGAUGGAGAUUCUAGACACUCGUCUACCAUGAACGGUAGCUCAAGGAAGAUAUUUGGCAUCAAGUUUGGCAAGAAACGAUAA